CGGGGUCAGGGGAUUACUUCCGGUUUCUAGUUCGUUCUUCCGCUGAAUUACGCUUGGUGGAAGUGCGGCUCAGAAAUGUCUGGCCCCACAGAUGUCAUGGCUAGUGGGGGAGGUGUAGAUUCCUCUGGCAUGGAUGAACCCAAAAAGAUGACUCGGGAAGACUGGAGAAAGAAGAAGGAGUUGGAAGAACAGAGGAAACUGGGAAAUGCUCCGGCUGAGGUGGAUGAAGAAGGAAAAGACAUCAAUCCUCACAUCCCUCAGUACAUUUCUUCUGUCCCAUGGUAUGUGGAUCCAUCCAAGAGACCAACUUUAAAGCAUCAGCGACCACAGGAUGAGAAGCAGAAAGAAUACACAUUGCUGGGAGACUGGUAUAGGAAAGGCGUAAAAGAGGGCACAAUAGCAACAAAAUAUCGCCAAGGAGCCUGUGAGAACUGUGGCGCUAUGACUCACCAGAAAAAAGACUGUUUUGAAAGACCUCGGAGAGUUGGAGCAAAGUUCAGCGGAGCGAACAUUGCCCCAGAUGAGUUUGAGCAGCCCCAGCUUAUGCUUGACUACGAUGGCAAGAGAGAUCGAUGGAAUGGUUACAACCCAGAGGAGCACAUGAGAAUUGUCGAGGAGCAUUCCAAAGUGGACUUGGCAAAACGUACAUUGAAGGCUCAAAAGCUUCAGGAGGAACUGGCCUCAGGAAAACUUUCAGAACAAGUGAGCUCCCCAAGACACCAGUGGGGAGAAGAGGAUCAGAAUGCUCAGACAGAUCGCAACAGUGAGGAUGAGGAUGAAGACAAAUAUGCCGAUGACAUUGAUAUGCCAGGGCAGAACUUUGAUUCCAAGAGACGCAUUACAGUGAGAAACCUUCGCAUCCGAGAAGACACUGCCAAAUACUUGCGAAACUUAAAUCCAAAUUCUGCAUACUACGAUCCAAAAACAAGAGCCAUGAGGGAAAAUCCAUAUUCUGAUGCAGGCAGGAAUCCCGAUGAGGUCAGCUAUGCUGGAGAUAAUUUUGUCCGAUAUAGUGGAGCUACAAUUUCAAUGGCGCAGACACAAUUGUUUGCCUGGGAAGCCUAUGAGAAGGGUUCAGAUGUACAUCUUCAGGCUGAUCCAACUAAGCUGGAAGUUUUAUGCAAAUCAUUCAAAGUUAAAAAAGAAAGCUUCAAGGACGAUCAGAAGAAGACUAUCCUGGAAAGAUAUGGAGGAGAGAAGCAUUUGGAUGUCCCACCUGCGGAGCUGCUUCUGGCUCAAACAGAAGACUACGUGGAAUACUCCAGACACGGCACUGUUAUUAAGGGACAGGAGAAAGCAAUUGCCCGCUCUAAGUAUGAGGAAGAUGUUCUCAUAAGUAACCACACGUGUAUUUGGGGCUCAUAUUGGAAAGAUGGAAGAUGGGGCUACAAGUGUUGCCAUUCCUUUGUCAAGAUGUCUUACUGCACUGGGGAAGCUGGGAAAAGCGUCAGUAAUACUGAUCUUUGUGAAGAGGAGCUGUCAACAGUUGAAGCGCUUUCUAAUCCUAGGACAUUGGUGGAGAUUCAUCAAGACAAAAUGAAGAAAAAGAAGAAAAAGCACCGUAAAAGUGGUGGUUCUGAUAGUGAGGGUGAAGAGAAGAAAAAGCUGGAUAAACUUAAGAAGGCGCUGAACGCUGAGGAAGCUCGUCUUAAGCAUGUUGAAGAAAUGCUGCAAAUGGAUGAGAGGAAGAGAGCGUAUAACAGCAUGUAUGAGACUCGGGAACCUUCAGAGGAAGAGAUGGAAGCGUUCAGAAUGAAAAGACAGAGGGCUGAUGACCCAAUGGCCUCAUUCCUUGGACAGUGAUUCACAUGGGGAGCCUAUUUUGUAUAGCUUGUUUUACGUGUUCUACAGAACUGUAAAGAUAGAUCUUUCCUCUGUUGCAGUGUCAUCUACGUUAUACUGUGUAUAAUGAUAAGCUAUUUUCCUAUUAAAUAUUUAAGCUUAAUGAUUGUGGAUUUAUUGGUAACUACAGAGAACAGGCACAAUUAGUCCAGACCAGGGCAUGGUCUUGUCACAUGAGCUCUAUAUGGUGCCAGCAAAGAAGACUGCAUGUAUAGAUGGCAUUUACACCAAUACAUAUGCUGCAUUUUAUAUGU